AUGGAUGUACUCACUUCAGUGGAUCCGACAGCGUCUCAGACGUCGUCAUCGGACGCACUACAUCCGUCGUUCUUCGAGCUGGCAGCGCAAUCACAGCUUUCGGAGCUGAUCAAACCUGCGGUACGCUACGUCGUCGCUGUUCUUGCACAACGAAAUCCGAGAUACCUACUGCGAAUCGUUAAUUGGUUCGAUGAAGUUUACGCUCUGCUCAUGACAGCCGUCGAAUCUCACUACCUUCGCGUAUGGGGUAGCUCCUUCUCGGAAAACUUCUACGGCCUUCGACGCAGGAAACGACCGGGUCUUAGCAGAUCCAGCGUCACUCGUGCCACAAGCUUGAGUAUAGCAAAAACCGAAUCUUUGGGAAAGAGAGAGAUCAGGUUGAGUCUAUUGUUCUUGGUAGGCUUGCCUUACCUGCGCGCAAAGUUGGACGACAUCUGGGAGAGAAACGGAGGUGGAUUGACAAAUACGGCCAACUUGUUCGGUGACGAUCGCACGUCCGCUCCCAGCUUCCAGGAUUCAAGUCAACCUCUGAUGAAAAGACUCGAAACCACGCUUAUGCAAGUGUUCAAAACAGCAUAUCCUUACUUCAAGACUUUAUACCAGUUCUGGUUAUUGACGUACAACGUUCGAUACCUGUUCGAUAAGACGCCUUACUGGAGGCCGUGGUUGAGCCUCAUGAGGGUUGACGUCAGGCGCGUAGGGCCCAACGACGGUCCACGACGAAAGAUGCUUCCGAAAAACAUGCCGAGCUUGGUGCGACAGCCUACCAAGUUCUUGGCGGUGGUCUUGAAACUGGUUCCGGGGAUGCUGUUCGAAGCGCUCAAGUACGGUCUACCGGCAAGUAUAUUCUUGUUCAAGUUUCUGGAAUGGUGGUAUGGUGCGGAUAACCCUCGACGCCGACGUGGGAAUUCGAACUCGACCUCGGCCGGUGCAACGCAAGCUUCUUCGACGACAACGUUGGACGCACCUGCAACGCUGUUGCCGGAUCUGAAACGGGGAGUACUAGGCCAUGUACCGCAGACUAUACGUGAUACAUUACCGCAGUACAAGUUGCCGCAGAUCUUCGCGCUUUCAAGUAGCCUCAUCGACCGUGUUUGCCAAGAUCCCACAGAUGCACCCACGCAUCCAAAGCUGCUUAGCGCAUCGGCCAACGAGAGAAAGUUGAUCCACAAUUCGUGCCCACUCUGCGGAGCUAUGCCCAUCAACAACCCAGCCGUGCUUCCGAGCGGCUACGUCUUCUGCUACACGUGCGCGUUCAAUUACGUCGAACAGCACGCAACGUGUCCCGUCUCGUCAAUCAGCGUUCCCGAACGCAAAGAUGCGCUACGAAAGGUCCUCGGUUGA